CCCUCUCCUGCAGGCGUACCCCGCUGACAAUGGCUUCUCUUGUUGAGUGCCAUGGUGGCGUGGUGUGCCUGAAUUCCCUCAGUGAAUGAACCGCUUCCCUGCUCCCUGUUGAAUUCCUGGAGUGACCUCUGGGGGGGUCCCAGCCCACGGCAGGGGGUCAAGGACAACUUGGGGGUCAAGGUAACUUCCCACACACCCCCACCCCCUCCACCUGUUGGGGAGCCCCAUUUUCCCACGUCCCUCCACUGUCGUUUGAGGGACAUCUCCCUCAAGCCCCAAAUCUCUCCCGUAGGACCCAAAUACCCUCCGUGCCCCAAAUCUUUCCCUUCAGACCACAUUCCUCCCUUUAGGAUUCAAAUCCCUUCCCUCCAAUCCCAAAUCACCCUCCUCAGACUCAAAUCUGAGUCCCCUCCAUCCCCCUAAUCCCAACCUCCCAAUUCCCCUUAAACUCCAGCUCACCCUUUAGCCUCAACUCUCCCACUCCACUCUUUGCCUUCACUUCAAAUCCUCCUCCCUUCCCUCCUCCGGAGCCGUUUUCCCUCUGGGGGCCCCCGGUGCGGUUCUUUCCCUCCCUCCUGCAUCCCGCGGGGCGAUGGGCGGCGGGGCUCGGCAGCUGGCCGGGUACCUGGCGGCUGUGGCCGGCUGGCUGGCAGCGCUGGCCGCGGCCGUGCUGCCGCACUGGAGGCAGAGCUCGUAUGCCGGAGACGCCAUCAUCACCGCCGUGGGGCUCCACGAGGGGCUGUGGAUGAGCUGCGCUGCCCAGAGCACCGGGCAGGUGCAGUGCCGCCUGCACGACUCGCUGCUCUCACUCGAAGUUCACAUCCAGACAUCCCGGGCUCUCAUGGUCAUUUCUCUGCUCCUGGGCUUCUUUGGCAUCAUCGUGAGCGUGGUGGGCAUGAAAUGCACUAAGGUUGGGGAGGAGGAUCCUGUCACCAAGAGCCGCAUAGCUGUUGCUGGAGGUGUCCUCUUCGUUCUCUCUGGCCUGUGCACGCUGGCUGCCGUGUCGCUGUACGCAACGCAGGUCACCCAUGAGUUCUUCAGAGAGAGCAUCAUCCCCGUCAAUGCGAGGUACGAGUUUGGCUCUGCUCUCUUCGUGGGCUGGGGGUCCUCCAGCCUCUCCAUGCUGGGGGGGUCCCUCCUGUGCUGCUCCUGCCCUGCCCAGGAGCGCCGAGACCAGCAGUACCAGCGGCAGUCCCAGCCCUCCACGGCCCGGGAGUUUCAGCACCAUUUUCAGUGCCAGCCUCUGCAACAGAGGUUUUAAGUGUCACACCUCCCGUAUCCAUCACUGCCAUGCUCUCCUCAGCCGGAGUUAUGGCCAGGCCGUGUCUGUCUGUCUGUCUGUCUGUCUGUCUGUCUGUCCGUCACAGGGAUGCUGGGUCCCACAGGGGCACAGAGCCAAUCCCACAGGGUGUCCUGCACAGAAACCAACCCCAUCCCAAUCCUGUUUUGGAGAGCUUGGUUUUCCUGGGAUGAGGUUUUCACCUCUAACAGCACCAGCCCCCCUCGGGGUUGAAGCAUCCCCACACCCUGCUCUUGGCAGAGAGAUGUUUUCAGGGUGCAGCAUUCCCCUGCCUCAUUGCUGCUGAAAAACAACACUUUUUAAAUUAUUAUUAAUUAUUAUUGAUUCCUGCCUGGAGGCCUGUUGCUCCAGCUGAGCUCUGCCAGCCCAAACCUGCCUUGGGCUCAUUCCUGUCCAGGACCAGGCUGUGCCUUGUUAAACAAGAAUAAAUGGGUUUGGGCAAAUUAAAGCAGCAAAAAGAGGCUCUGAACACAAAGGAUUUGUUUUUAGUUUUGGUGCCCAACACAACUAUUUUAAGUGGCAGAUGGACAGAGCCCUGAAUGUUGGUGCCUCCCUGCUGGGUCCAAAUCCCUCUUCCCCACCAGGAUCACCUAGUGAAGGUUCCAAACACAACCUGCUAAUUGCCUCCACCUCUUUGUACCUCUAAUCUUCUGCUAAUAAUUGUUUUGCAACUUCCAAAGCUCCAAUUUCAUCUGUAAAUCCUCCAAACUCCCUGUACUCCAUCGCUCCAGCUCUGCUGCAGGUGUUGUGCCAGCCAGCCCACAGGGAAGGACACUGGAAAUUAUCCAAACAGCUUCACUAUCUGAUUUUUUUUAUUGUUAUUUUAUUUUUAAACCCAAAUAUGAAGAGAGAUGAUAUUUAAAAUUUUUA